UGAGCCACGGGACCGCCCAGAACAAAGAUGGCCGGGGCGGCCUCGGUGAGGGCACACUGAUCCAAACGCCAGGCGCACCCGCCGGGACAGCAAAGACAGAGUGGCAACCGAGCGGCUGAGAGCAUGGAGGAGGGCAGCAGCGGCAGCAGUGGUGGCAGCGACAGCAACGCCGGCGGGAGUGGCGGGGCGCAGCAGAGAGAGCUGGAACGCAUGGCUGAAGUCCUAGUUACCGGAGAGCAGCUCCGGCUGCGGCUCCAUGAAGAAAAGGUUAUUAAAGACAGACGGCAUCAUCUCAAAACCUACCCAAACUGCUUUGUUGCAAAAGAACUGAUUGACUGGCUCAUUGAACACAAGGAGGCCUCUGACCGAGAGACGGCGAUAAAACUCAUGCAGAAAUUAGCUGACCGGGGCAUCAUUCAUCAUGUGUGUGAUGAGCACAAGGAAUUCAAGGACGUAAAGCUCUUCUACCGCUUUAGAAAGGAUGAUGGGACCUUCCCACUGGACAAUGAGGUGAAGGCCUUCAUGAGAGGACAGAGGCUGUAUGAAAAAUUGAUGAGCCCUGAAACUACCCUCCUCCAGCCUAGGGAAGAGGAGGGGGUGAAGUAUGAGCGAACCUUCAUGGCAUCCGAAUUCCUGGACUGGUUGGUUCAGGAAGGCGAAGCCACAACAAGGAAAGAGGCCGAGCAGCUUUGCCACCGGCUUAUGGAGCAUGGCAUCAUACAGCAUGUGUCUAACAAGCACCCGUUUGUGGACAGCAACCUCCUCUACCAGUUCAGAAUGAACUUCCGUCGGAGGCGGAGGCUGAUGGAGCUGCUCAAUGAGAAGAGCCCGUCCUCUCAGGAGACACAUGACAGUCCCUUCUGUCUGAGGAAGCAGAGCCAUGACAAUCGGAAAUCUACCAGCUUUAUGUCAGUCAGCCCCAGCAAGGAGAUCAAGAUCGUGUCUGCUGUGCGGAGGAGCAGCAUGAGCAGCUGUGGCAGCAGUGGCUACUUCAGCAGCAGCCCCACACUCAGCAGCAGCCCCCCUGUGCUCUGCAACCCCAAGUCUGUGCUGAAGAGACCUGUCACUUCUGAGGAACUCUUGACUCCUGGGGCUCCAUACGCAAGGAAGACAUUUACGAUUGUUGGUGACGCAGUUGGCUGGGGCUUUGUGGUGCGAGGAAGUAAGCCAUGCCACAUCCAGGCUGUGGACCCCAGUGGACCUGCAGCUGCCGCAGGGAUGAAGGUCUGUCAGUUUGUCGUCUCUGUCAAUGGCCUCAAUGUGCUGAAUGUGGACUACCGCACCGUGAGCAACCUGAUUCUGACAGGCCCAAGGACCAUUGUCAUGGAAGUCAUGGAGGAGUUGGAAUGCUGAGCAGGAGGACAUCCCGCUUGUACCCUGUCCCAGAACAACACAACAGUGACAUGGAGAGACUGACAGACAAAUGGAUAAUUGCUACAUUACAGAUCUUUAUUACCUAUACACCUUGACUUUCAUAUGCUGUUUGAAUGUGGAAGAACUGGGUGACACAUCUUUAAAAACCAAAACACAACAGGGGUGUGGUGGCUAUAAUCCCAGCAUUCAGGAGCAUAAGGCAGAAGUGCUGCCGGUUCAAGGCCAGCAUCAGCUAACAAUGUGAGUGCCUGUCUUAACACAAGAGAUUUUUUCCACACAAGUGCACACCACACACACAUACACAGGCACACACACGCACACACAGGCCAGUGUAGAGGACAGUCGGGAACCAGGUUCCCAGUGGGGUGGAAUUGCCUUACUUGAGCCCAGUUUACAGCUGUCAAUCAUUACUUUUCAUGUCUGUAGGAAGUUGUUGUAAAACCAAAUUAGCAACACAGAAAAAUGCCACUUUUAGAAGUUCAAAGAAUAGUUAGUACAAUAGUUUUACAUCAUGUCUCCUGUGCUUGUGUGCCAGGAAUACGGAACUAACACCUGCAAUCUGGACUACUUAGGAUGCCGAGGCAGGAGGAUGAUCACUUGAGUUCUGGUGGUAAUUUAAGUCUGGGCAACAUAAUGAAACCCCACAUUAAUUUUUUUUAAAGUUUUUACCAAAAUUAGCCUGAAUCUGUUAGUUAGAGCUAGAUUUCACUCAGCUUAAAAUGAAAGCAGCAUCCCCAGAAACUCGACCAGCUAACACCAGUUUCCAAGAAGGUCCUUAAGCAUUUAACAGCUUAGAAGCUGUCUUCACAAAGUAACUUUCUUCCUCUCUGUUUUAAGUGUUAGGUUUUUGUUGUUGUUUGUUUAUUUGUUUUGAGACAGGAUCUUGCUAGGUAGCCUCCAACUAUUGACUUCUACCUAAUUUCUGCCUUUGUCAUCAACUUUCAGUUUAACCUGAUUCAGUUGUGGCUUGAAGUGAAAGAUAAAACAGACCUCUGUGCCAUGGGGUGUGAGGAUGGACUGCCAACUGCCUGCCCCUCUUUGCUCUCACUGGACCUGGAUGGUUUUGCCUUAGGAGCCAGCUCCAGCAGUUUUCUGGUGUUCAUUUAAAGUAUACUGAUUGUGAAAGCAAAGAGAUCUGUCCAUACCCAUGGAAGACUCACAGUCAAGCCUCUGGCAAGAUUGCAUCGGCAAGUGUCCACAUUUAAGGGACUUGGCUUCAGUGCAACAAAACUUGACACUCCAAAUGCCUUCUUAGCCUGGAUUUUUACAAGCUUUUUCAUGUCACGGGAUAUGCUGCUCAUUUAGGGAUUUGCUUGCCACUACAAUCUCCAUCUUGGUUUAGAGUCUUCAUCUCACUUAUGCAUGUUUCUUUUAUCUAAAACAGACUUCCUUAGAACUAGACAUGAUAGCAUGUUCCUAUAAGCCUAGCACCUAGCAAGUAGAGGCAGAAAGAUCAGGUGUUCAAAAGGAGCCUGAGCUACAGGAGACCCUGUGUCAAAACAAACAAAUAAACAAAACAAAAAACAUGAGCAGGGGAGUGCCUUUGGGGUAUUGGUAUGUACAGGAUAUUCCUCAAAGUGCCAGAUGAGAACCAUUUUGCAGAAUGAAUUUUGAACAGAGAUGCUACUUUCUUAUUAUCCAUCAACAAAAUAAUAGUGGUUACACCUGAGUGAUUUCUUAAUGAGAGGUGAUCAUCCCGUUAUUGGUAUUAGUGAAAUGGAUUUUAUUAACAUAUUAAUCUAACAUUUCUAGCUUUAGUAAGGAAAGUGUAGGAUUUUGAAGUGCCAUGGGAUGGCUGACAUUACUAACGUCAAUCUUUGUUUGAGAGAGAUUCUCUCCACGUGAGUAUGUUUAUACUGCGAGUGAGGCUCUGUGCUGUAGCAUUGACUGACCUUUACUGACCGAGUUCACCGUCCUCCUCACACCCUUUUAAGAUAGAUGUUAUUACUUUCAUUUUUCAUGUGGGGAGACUGGGUCUGAGCAAAUUCAAUGUUCUUCAAGUUGAAGUACCUGUCAUAACUACCAUGUACCACAGCCUGCUUCUCUAGAGCUCCAACCCCUUGCCUAUCUGCCCAGACUUCCUAUUUAGAGGCCUUACGUUCAGCCUUUGCUCCGGGCUGUGCUAAAACCUUAUGGUUAUUUUGUUGUUCUUGUUUAAUCAGCCCAAGAGGUGAGGACCGUUAUCAUCAUCAUCCAUUUUAUGAAUGAUGAACCCUGUUCAUAAAUGAGUUGGUUUGUUAUAUGCUCAAAACAGCCCAGCUACUAAGUAGGGGGCCUUACCACAUGGCUUUAAUUUCUGUCUGUUUUGUUUGUUGGUUUCUUUUGAGACAGUGGCAAGCUCCUGACCCUGCACUUCCUAUGUGGAAGUAAAGGCAUACAGCCCCACACUCAGAUAUGAUAACACCUUAGGAGAUGAAUCUCAGCUGUUUUUUGUCUUUGGUGUUCCUUGGGGUGGAGGCAGGAGGAUCAGGAAUUCUCUGACAGCCUUGGUAACAAAGCAAGUCUGAGGCCAAGCUGGCCCACAUGAAAUACUGCCUCAAAGACACAAACAAAAACAUGGUAGGACCUGGUGAGAGAACCGCAGGUAACUGGAGGUUUGCCCCUAAUGGGACAGUGCGACCCUGGCUGUUUUUCAUCAUUUAUUUCUUGGCCAUGAGACAAGCCAUUUGGUUCUACCAUUUGCUCUCAGACGAUGUCCUAAAUUACCACACGGCUCAAUGGUGAGUUAGUACCAAAUGGGGCCAAUCAGUUAUGGACUAAAACUCUCAAAAACUGUGAACCAAAAUAACCCUGUUCUCUUUUUCAGGUGAUUAUCACAGGUAUCUUGUUAUAGAGAUAGAAAUCUGUCUAACACAGAUGACCUCGGGCAUUCUGCUCCAAGCCACAGUUCUGGUCACGUAGUUCCAAACAAUCUAGAGACAACUUUCCAUCUUCUUUCCUGUGGCUCAGCAUCUGAAUGCUUUGAAUUCAAACAACUAGCUCUAAGCUGGAGAGAUAGCACAGUAGUGAAGAGCCUAGGUUGUCCUUCCAGAGGACCCAAGUUUGCUUCCUAGAACUAUAUAAUGGCUCACCACUGUCUGUCGCUCUAGUGACACAGAAUCUGACACCCUCUUCUGAUCUUCUUGGGCACCAGGCACACACAUAGUGCACAAACAUAGGUACAUGCAAAACAUCUAUAGACAUACAAUUAAAAUGAAUACAUACUUAAAAAUACAUUAAUAAAUAAAAACAGCCCAGACUCCAGGAAGGGAGAAAUAAACAGUACCCUUUAUGAGAAGACUUGCAUAGAAUCUGUGGCCAAUUUUAAUUUUCUAAAAAUAAAUACAGAGAAGGAAGCAUUAUUAGUUGAAUGCAGUUAUUGAAAUCUUUAAACUCUCGAACCACAUUCUUAUCCAACCAUUGGAUGGGAGUGAAGUGUACUUGAAGGCUGGCUUAUAAUGAAACCUUCAGAGUCUGUGGAUCCUGAAAUGUCAGUGCUGGGUAGAACACAGUUUAAUCAUUUAAUUUGAUUAAUGAAUGAGGCAUAAAACAAUCUUGGGCUAUACCCAGAUUUGUGAAACUUGGCUGAAUUCCUUCUGAGUCUCCUACCUUUCAUCCCUGUUACAAUAGAGCCUUAUGUAGGACAAAGUCACACAGCUGAACAGGCUUAGGGCAUGAUGUACUCCAAAGUGCCAUCAGGUAUCUCUGAAGAGAAGACGGAAGAUCAUCUGCUAUGGUUAUUUGUUUCAAAUACCAGGGUCUUAUUCUGUAUGUAGUCCAUGUUGGCCAGGAACUUACAGACAGCACAGGCUAGUCUUAAAUUCACAGCAAUCUUUCUGCUUCAGCCUCCUGAGAACUUGAGUUACAGGACUGAGCUACCAUGCCUGUUUAAAUGAGGUUGGUCUUCAUGUGUAUUUGUGUGUCUGUGAUCUUCAAAGAGGAAACAAUAUUUACUUAUUUACUGCCUGGGAUAACAUUUACCCACACACUUUGGACACAUUCCUUCUUGUUCCCUUAAAAAAUAUUUUUUUCAAAGUUAGGUAUGAUGGCUCAUACCUAUAACCCCAGCAUUCGGGAAGCAGAGGCAAAGAAAGAUAGUUUUUGUUUCUCCAUUAAUACAAUAUGUUAAUUAAAAGGGCAUCUUUAUUAAAAUGAAAACUGUACUAUCUUUUUGGCUGUUUCUGCCACCAGAAGUUUAAUUACAACUGGCCACGGUGGCUCACAGCACAAAGAUUCAUGCUAAAGAAUAGAAUUUGAGGCCAUCCUGGGCUACACACAGAGACCCUAUAUAAAAACUAAUUUGUUAGGCCUACUAUCUCAUACCUCUAACCUCAGCACUGCAGAGGCAGAAGGAUCGCCACAUCUAAGGCUAGCCUGGGCUACCUGUGAUACCCAAAAGACAUGAUAAUUAAGGAGACUAGUUGAGAAAUGGAAGGUAAUGUGAGGAAGAUCAGCCAUCUUUGCCUAGAUGAGGUGUGGCUGAGUUCACACUAUCUAUCAUGUGACAGGUGUCAUGUGACAGACAUCUCUGCUUUGGAAGGACAGACACAGUUAAGAAUAUUGCUACUUUCCUUUCAAAGGGAAUUCUUGAGUUUCCAAAUCUUCUUUCCUUUCAAACAUAUUGUGGAGAUAAUCAGCUUUCAAGAUGAUUUUAAACCCUUGGUACUGACUCUGGCUGCUAAAAAUUCUGUUUUACUUUGACUCUAAAUGAUCAGAAUAACCCCAGAGCACUGUGGUGUUUCUGACUGGUUGAAAUUGAUGGUUGCCAUUAAUCAUGAUUUCUUGUCAUCUGAACUUCAGGUGUGAUCUAUGUUUCUUCACUGCAGAACCAAAAGGACAAAUGAGCUGUAUGCCAAAAUGAAGUUUGCCAUCAAAAAUCACAUAUAGUAUUGUUAAAUGAGUUUAAAAGUACUUAAUAUAUAGCUUUAUUUUAAAAUUUGGUGAGAGUGAUUCGCUAUCUUUAAUAAAAUUGUACCAUAAUACUUAAGAUGAUUGUAUGAAAACACGGUAAGCAUGAAAUAAAUGUUACGGUUUUAAAAAUGA